AUGGCUGUCAGAAACAAGCGUGGAAGUCCGCGAACCAGACUUCCACGAUCCGCCUAUACACGAGCCAGCCAAAUUACCGCUACACUUAAGAUUCUCCAUCGGCAGGACGGACCGUAUGUCCACGAAAGACAGAUCUCCUUCAAGACAGGGAGAACGAAGGAUUUCUGGGACACGAUGCUGCUCGAGCCAGAACACCGCGACCAUCUCAGCGCGUUCCUGAAAGCGCCCAAGUCCGGCAAGAAGUGCUGGGUUGGCUUCUUCAGCUGCCCGCAGAGCAACUGGGUUGGGACUGGAAACGCAUACAAGAGUGCCGACUGGCACUGCUUCGCGGUGCUGAUCAUCUCGGACGAGCGCUGCGGCAAACACCUGCUGCUGUACGACAACGAUGCCAAGGCGGGCGUGACGACGAGCUCCCGCAUCUCGGAUGUGAUCUGGGGCCUGCAGAAGAAUCUCUGGACGUCUGUGCAGAAGAUGGGACGCUUCACGCUUUGGUACUCGACGGACCAGAGUAAAGCCGGGACCAACAAGUGUCUACGAUAUUCCCUUGAACAGGUUCAUCGGUGGUCUGAGCUGAAGGACGAAACCCUCCAGACUGAGAGAGACCUCCGCUUAACGGGAUUCAUAAAACUCACGAAGCCAUGA